CUGACAACAGGGGGCAAUAUUUGGCUGUCAAAAGCCAACUCUGGCUUUAACAACAAGGAAGUGACCGACGACUAGCCAGCAAACUGUUGUCAAGAUGGCACCGAGUGGGCUGAAAGCGGUUGUAGGAGAAAAAAUCCUCAAUGGGGUUAUCAAAAGUGUGAAGAAAGAUGGAGAAUGGAAGGUUCUCAUCGUGGAUCACAUGAGCAUGCGAAUUCUGUCCUCUUGCUGCAAGAUGUCUGACAUUUUGGCAGAAGGAGUGACCAUUGUGGAGGACAUCAAUAAACGAAGGGAGCCCAUCUCUAGUUUGGAGGCCAUAUAUUUGAUUUCACCCGUGGAGAAGUCAGUUCAUGCUCUCAUCAACGACUUCAAAGACACUGCCUUUACUUACAAAGCAGCACACAUCUUCUUCACUGAUACUUGUCCAUAUGGUCUCUUUGCUGAGAUUGGGAAAUCCAGAGUUGCCAAGGUUGUCAAGACUUUAAAAGAGAUCAAUGUUGCUUUCCUGCCAUACGAGUCCCAGGUAUUCUCCCUGGAUGAUCCGACGUCCUUGUACUCCUUCUAUAGUUCGAAGCCAAAUGAAGCGAAAGAGAAAAUUAUAGAAAAUCUGGCGGAGCAGAUCGCGACUCUGUGUGACACACUCAAGGAGUACCCUGCAAUCCGUUACCGCAAGGGACCAGAGGAGAAUGCUAGACUGGCUGAUGAGGUCUACCAGCGCCUUACUGCUCACAAAGCUGACAACCCAAGCAUGGGAGAGGGUGCAGAAAAGGCACAAUCCCAGCUACUGAUCGUUGAUCGUGGGUUUGAUCCCAUCUCACCUAUUCUACAUGAGUUGACCUUCCAGGCAAUGGCCUAUGACUUGCUAGAUAUCAAACAAGACAUCUAUACUUAUCAGACAACCGGCAUUGGGGAUUCAAAUAACAGAGAAGUGUUAUUGGACGAAGAUGAUGAGCUCUGGAUUCAGCUCAGACAUAUGCACAUUGCUGAUGUCACAAAGAGGGUGACGGAGCUUCUUCGCACCUUUUGUGAGAGCAAGAGAAUGUGCACCGACAAUUCAAACAUCAAAGAUCUCUCUCAGAUUUUAAAGAAGAUGCCACAGUACCAAAAGGAGCUGAGCAUGUACUCUACUCACUUGCACCUAGCCGAAGCGUGUAUGAAGAGAUUCAAGGCCUCUAUUGAUAAGCUUUGUGAAGUGGAACAGGACCUGGCAAUGGGAGCAAAUGCAGAAGGGGAUCCUCUGAAGGAUGCCAUGAAGAGCAUUGUUCCUGUGCUCCUCAACAAUGAAAUUGAGGCCUAUGACAAAAUCCGCAUCAUACUGCUUUUCAUAUUCCACAAGAAAAAAGGCAUCGGGGAGGAGAACCUUGCCAAGCUCAUCCAGCAUGCAAACAUACAGGCCGACAGCAACAUCAUCACCAACCUGCAGAACCUGGGCUGCAACAUUAUAUCUGGGGGCCGCAAUGCUGCGAACACGCUGCCAGAGCGAAAGGAGCGCAAAGAGAGCACCUACCAGCUCUCUAGAUGGGCACCCAUCAUCAAAGACGUCAUGGAGAAUGCCAUAGACGACAAACUGGACAGAAAGCAGUGGCCAUUCAUCUCUGAUCCUGCUCCCAUCAACACAACUCGGACUGCAGUCAGCAGUGCACGUUUUGGACACUGGCACAAAAAUAAAUCCCCAACAGAAUAUCGAACUGGCCCUCGGCUUAUUAUAUUUGUGAUUGGUGGGCUGUCGCAGUCAGAGAUGCGCUCUGCCUAUGAAGUCACUCGAGCCACUGAUGGGAAAUGGGAAGUGCUGAUUGGGUCUUCUCACAUCCUGACUCCAACAAGCUUCCUUAACGACCUGAAGAGUCUCGACAAAGUUCCUAAUCCUGAUUGUUAGAUAGUUGGACCCGGAACCGAGAAAAGCACACUGGAACAAGGGUUUAGUCUUUCAUUUGAGAAGAUCGGUUGCUGGUCUGGUGAAACAUGAGGAGAAAUCUUAGAUGUAGCCAUGGAAGGAAACAUUUGUGAUCAUUUAUGUUGUUUUAGAAAAGUAUUUUUAUUAGUUUGUUGUGAAUUGGGUUCUGUAUACUGCUGUGAUUGGAACUAUAUUAAAAUAUUUAAUUAGAUAUUAUUAAUGUUUUGAUUUGUUUUACUAUUCUCAUUCAAAUUCUUAUUUUUGUUACUACAAUAUUUGAUUUCCCUAAUUGUGUACUUAAUAAUUGCAUCAUUCCCACAACUGGACCAUCUCACACCAAAAAGCAUGUAGAUGUAUAUAGAAAUUAAUUUUGAAAAGUAUGUAUCAUAUAUUCAGGGGCAAUCUUAAAUGUAGAAUACCUUUUCUUCUUUUCUCCAGGUACCUUUUUGUCUUUUUUUUUCACAUCUGGGAAAUUUAAUCUCAGACAAAAUGUCUCAACUGCUGUUUUAUGAAAUCUUGCACAUUUACCAUAUCAUUUAAUAUAUUGCUGGGAGCAAGUGUUGUGGGUAUUUGUUUAUUUGUUGUUCAAAAAUUGCUAAUAAAAGAAACAUGAUAUUAACUUUAAA